GAAAGCGCCGCCAACGCUACUAAACGCGGGGACUCGCCUUCUUCUUCUUGCUCAGUCUCCAAACAGGAACCUUCCUGCGAAUCCAAAUCGAGCCAGCAAACAUCCCAGCAAUCACAGCCUCCGAUCCUCCAAAUUCAUGUUAUUGAUCUCAAGACACUUUUCUACUCCUCCACAGGCUCUCAUACCGGUGCGGACAGUGUACAGGGAAUGGCAAGAGAACUUAAUUUGGGUGGAGGUGGAAUACCAUCAUCGAUUUUUAGCAUACCAAUCUGAUGGUCCGUUCUAAUCCCAUUCACCCAGACUUAUGCUUAGCAUCUUCCAAUUCUUCGUAGACGGACGGACAAUCAAUGAGCAAAGAGCUACUGCUUCCUCACGAAUGGAGGUUGAAAAAGAGGAAAAGAUCGAACGGCAAAAACGAGCAGAGGCGGAAAGAAUGCAAAUUCAAAGUACGCAAGCUGGUUUGGAUGAUGACAUAGACCCAAACGAGGUUAGGCCUUCUGCAGAAGGGCAAAACUCUGAUUCAGAAUUGGGGGAGGCAUGGGAAGACUGGGGCGAGAGCGACUAAUGUCGAGCAAAACAGACACUAGCAAAUACAGUGGGAAAUUCAAUGACUCCUGUAGAGUUGGCAAUAUACAGUAUGUGCCAUUAGUACAUAAUCUGAGAGUGAGGUUCGACAAAGCAAAUCUCACAACUUGGAUAGUGAGUAGUGUGCAGACGUACAGACUAAUCAGCGGAAAAAAGUCGUAGAA